UCUUGUCCACGAAACGGGAUCGCCUCGUGCUGCAACUUCUCCCGCGCGCCAAUCACCGCGCGGCUGGAGAGAACACCACGCCCUCUGUUCUGCGUGCGUAACGAUACUUUGGCAGCUGGGACAUUUUGUCUUUAAAGGAAAACUAGUCCCUUCGUUUCGUCACCAACAGCGACAAAACGCCACGCUGCUGACGGGUCGGCGUUUAACCUCUCCGAACGUACGGACGUCAAACUUUAUUAUUGAGCUUAAGUAAUGAGAGAUAAACACGUACUCCCUUCAUGCUUACUUUCAACAAAGAAGAAGUUAUGGAUAUUUGCGACGGGAAGAAGAGGAGACAGGUAAGCGGCGGCGCGAGGGGCUGCAGGCGGAGGGUGGCCGUGAAGAUGAAACGGGAGGUGGGCAAAGUCCUCCGCUCCCUGACGGUGGAGGACAACAACUGUACUGAGGCCAUGGAAGAAGAGGAGGAGGAAGAGGAGGAGGAGGACUGCUUCUCCAUUGGCUUCCUACGGAAUGACCGACUCGAUCCCGCCGCGGCUGUGCCGCCGCGCUACAGCCUGCUGCGGGAGGUCGGCCGAGGAAGCUACGGGGUGGUGUACGAGGCCCUGGCCCGCAAAACGGGAGCCAGGGUUGCGGUGAAGAGGCUCCAGUGCGACGCCCCAGAAAACGUAGAGCUGGCGCUGGCCGAGUUCUGGGCUCUGACGAGUCUGGAGAACCGGCACCAGAAUGUGGUUCAGCUGGAGGAGUGCGUCUUGCAGAAGAAAGGCCUGGCGCAGAAGAUGAGCCACGGGAACAAGAGGUCGAAACAAUACCUGCGCCUGGUGGAGACGUCGCUCAAGGGAGAGCGCAUCCUGGGCCACCCAGAGGAGCCUUGCUACCUCUGGUUUGUCAUGGAGUUCUGCGAGGGCGGGGACCUCAACCAGUACGUCUUGUCCCGCCGCCCCGACCCCCUGACCAACCGGAGCUUCAUGCGCCAGCUGACAAGCGCUGUGGCUUUCCUGCACAAGAACAACAUUGUUCACCGGGACCUGAAGCCAGACAACAUUCUCAUCUCGCAGAAAUCCGGCUCGCCCAUUCUUAAAGUGGCCGACUUCGGCCUCAGUAAAGUUUGCGCGGGCCUGAACUCUAAGAACAGUGAGGAACGCCCCGCAAUGGCGGCGGGCGGCCGAGACCGCAGCCAGACAAACAACCACAACAUCAUCAACAUCAACAAGUUUUGGUUGUCGUCAGCAUGCGGCUCGGACUUCUACAUGGCCCCUGAGGUGUGGGAGGGCCACUACACAGCCAAGGCAGACAUCUUUGCCCUGGGCAUCAUCAUCUGGGCGAUGGUCGAGCGGAUCACGUUCAUCGACGCAGAGUCCAAACGCGAGCUGCUGGGCACCUACAUACGGCAGGGCACGGAGAUUGUACCCGUCGGGGAGGCUCUGCUGGAGAACCCCAAAAUGGUUCUCCACAUUCCUCAGAAGGCCAGGAGCUCCAUGUCUGAGGGGGUAAAGAAACUCCUCCAGGACAUGCUCGCAGUCAACCCUCAGGACCGGCCUGACGCCUUCCAGCUGGAGGUGCGGAUGGACCAAGUCACGUGUGCUGCAUGACUGCUACCACCUUCCCAAGACCUUCUUUUUUUUCUUUUUUUUACCCUAACCAGUCUAAAAAGGGACCCAUUUCCUUCCCAGCUUUGUUUACUAUGUGGAUGUGGACUCCGAUGGAAAGAAAAGAAACUGACAAACUGAACUGUGAAGACUCCACAAUCAUGAUUUGAGCGGGAAGCGAUGGACCGGCCAAUGAUUCCAAAACUCUGGGAUGGGACCUGUAUGCAACAAACCGAACACAGCAGUGCGCCCCUGGCACCAUGCGGUUCAAAGUGGCUGCCAUCGUGGAGCUGAGGGCGUUUAACUGGUGGACGAUGGAUGUGACGACCAGGUUUAUGACAUGCUUUGUUUUAUAUUUGCGGAGGUUUAUCCCCCAACAGUCCGAGUAAAGGUCUGCUCUUCCUUUCACAUUUGUAAUGUAAAGGUGAAGUACUGGACUGUACCAGUACCUUGAGGUAUAAGCCUCGCUCUGCUGAUGACUGUAUGUGAAUCACUAUGAACAACAGACAACACUACCAGUUUGCUCCACAGCGCUGUACAACCCUGUGCCUUAGCGCCGACUCACACAAAGUGCGAUUGGAUCACAACUUAAAACCCACCGCCCCCCGUGGGUUAAAACUCACACAGAAAAUAGUCUUAUUUUUCACACACAGAUUUCUGUCCACAGAAAAAUUGCAAUUGAGCAGUCAUUCAGCCUUUAAUGAUGUCACACUUUGCUAUUUGCUAUUUGUUGUGUGCGAAUGCAGUCAGUCAGUGGCCGUCCUUUCUUCAAAAUGCUCAGUUGAAUUGAGAUGGUCAGGCUGAGACUGUAGCCAAAAUCAAGAAAUGGCCACGAGGCUUGUUCUAUCCGUGUCACAUCCACGGUCAUCUUAAGAAAGGAUAUCUCAUGAAUGUGAACGAUGUUGCAUCGAACGUGUUCCAUAGGAAUUGCACCUUUUUAGAAAUAGCAGGCCUGUAUUGACCACACAAUCCUGACCUGCUUUAACCAAACAAGGUCCAGCAGGGAAUUCGGACUAGCGAUAAUGUUCCUGAUGAAUCCAAAGAACACCUGUUGGACAAAAUUGCGUAUGUCUGUUAAGAAUUCAAUUAAAUUGUGACUAGGAAACAAUCAUGAUAAUUUGGUUGGCUGAUUGAUGUUUUUGCUGACUUUGUACUAAUUGUUUUUUUUGUUUAUUUUUUACCCUUGAGGUUGAGUGUGGUGUUUUAGAAGUGGAAUACAGUGCAAGAUAACGGUAACCUGCAAUCAUCAUAAAGAGAUAGUGAGACAUUGA